CGGCCGGGACGGAAGCACAGGGAAAGGCGGGGCCGCGCCAGGAACUAGCGUAGCUUCUGUCGUUAGGGCACCCUCUUUCCUUGCUGAAUACCGACUCCCCCGUCCAUGUGGUGGUGUGUGUGCACUUGCCAGUCUGCUUGAGAGUGAAAAUCUCGAAGGAUUGCAUAGUUAAGUUGCUUUUACAGAAUUAACAGGUCUCCAAGAAAUAAAAAAAGGUCAUUAUUGCUGUGGUUUGAGCUCAGCAUGGCUGUAGUCAUCCGUUUACUGGGGCUUCCUUUUAUUGCGGGGCCUGUGGAUAUUCGUCACUUCUUCACGGGAUUGACUAUUCCUGAUGGAGGAGUGCAUAUAAUUGGAGGGGAAGUUGGGGAGGCUUUUAUUAUUUUUGCAACAGAUGAAGAUGCAAGACGUGCCAUAAGUCGUUCAGGAGGGUUUAUCAAGGAUUCAUCUGUAGAGCUUUUUCUUAGUAGUAAGGCAGAAAUGCAGAAGACUAUAGAAAUGAAAAGAACUGAUCGCAUGGGAAGAGAGAGACCAGGAUCUGGGGCACCAGGGGUUGGCAGCUUAUCUAAUUUUGUUGAGGCUAUUAAAGAAGAAGCAAGUAAUUCUGGAUAUGGCUCUCCGAUUAAUCAAGAUGCUGGGUUUCAUACUAAUGGUACAGGACAAGGUGAUUUAAGGCCAAGAAAGACACGGCCAUUGAAGGCAGAGAAUCCUUACUUGUUUCUACGAGGCUUGCCUUACUUAGUAAACGAAGAUGAUGUACGUGUCUUUUUCUCUGGUUUGUGUGUGGAUGGAGUAAUUUUCUUAAAGCAUCAUGAUGGCCGAAAUAAUGGUGAUGCCAUAGUAAAAUUUGCUUCAUGUAUCGAUGCUUCAGGAGGUCUUAAAUGUCAUAGAAGUUUUAUGGGUUCAAGAUUUAUUGAAGUAAUGCAAGGCUCGGAACAACAGUGGAUUGAGUUUGGAGGUAAUGCAGUUAAGGAGGGUGACAUUUCUAUGAGGACUGAAGAACAUUCUCCACCAAGAGGAAUUAAUGAUAGACAUUUUUGGAAACGAUCUCAUUCAAAAUCUCCCAGAAGAACACGUUCUCGUUCUCCUCUUGGAUUUUAUGUUCACUUAAAAAAUCUGUCCCUAAGUAUUAACAAAAGAGAUUUAAGAAAUUUCUUUAGAGAUACUGAUCUGACUAAUGAACAGAUUAGGUUUUUAUAUAAGGAUGAAAGAAGAACAAGAUAUGCCUUUGUGAUGUUCAAGACUCUGAAAGACUAUAACACUGCUCUGGGUUUACAUAAGACUGUUUUACAGUAUCGUCCAGUUCAUAUUGAUCCAGUUUCUAGAAAACAGAUGCUGAAGUUCAUUGAAUGUUACGAAAAGAAAAGACCAGCGUCAACAGAGAAAGAGAGGCCUGGACACGUUUCACAAAAAUCCUCUCAAGAAGGCUAUUCUGGCCAGAAACUGUGCAUAUAUAUAAGAAAUUUUCCAUUUGACGUUACAAAAGUUGAAGUGCAGAAGUUCUUUGCAGACUUUUCUCUUGCUGAGGAUGACAUUUACUUGCUUUAUGAUGACAAAGGUGUUGGUCUAGGAGAAGCAUUGGUGAAAUUCAGAUCAGAAGAACAGGCCAUGAAAGCUGAACGUUUAAACCGACGAAGAUUCUUGGGGACAGAGGUAUUGUUAAGGCUCAUAUCUGAGGUACAAAUGCGGGAGUUUGGUGUAAAUUUUUCUUCAAUGUCCAGUGAGAGAAUGCAUGACCAUUCAGAGUCAUGUGAUAGAGAUGAUCAUUCCCAUUCAUUUGACUCAAAUGAUCUACCAUUAUACUCGGUUGGCCCUUCUGAAAACUUUAGGCAUCGGCAAGAGGACUUGAGGCAACUGGACAAUUUCAAGCAUCCCCAGGGGGAUUUCCGACCUCCUGAAAGGCGCCCUCCAGAAGACUUUAGGCAUUCCCCGGAGGAUUUCAGGCACUCCCCUGAAGACUUCAGGCGCCUUCGGGAGGAACACUUCAGGCGGCCUCCUGAGGAGGACUUCAGGCGCCCUUGGGAAGAGGACUUCAGACACUCUCCGGAGGAGGAUUUCAGGCACUCUCGGGAGGAGGACUGGAGGCGGCCACCUGAGGAGGAUUUCAGGCGGCCUCCCAAGGAAGACUUCAGGAGACCCCCUGAGGAGGACUGGAGGCGGCCCCCCCAGGGAGACUUCAGGAGGCCACCUGAGGAGGAUUGGAGACGGCCUCCUGAGGAGGACUUCAGACGGCUUCCCCCUGGGGAAUGGAGGCGACCACCAGAGGAAGACUUCAGGCGGCCCCCUGAGGAGGAUUUCAGGCGACUUCCAGAGGAAGACUUCCGGCGACCUCCUGAGGAGGACUUCAGGCGGCCCCACGAGGAGGACUUCAGGCGGUCUCCUGAGGAGGAUUACCGGCGUUCUCCUGAGAAGGACUUCAGGCGACCACCUGCGGAACACUUCCGGCGGCCACCCCCAGAGCAUUUCCGGAGGCCGCCCCCGGAGCACUUCCGGCGGCCACCUCAGGAGCAUUUCCGGCGGCCGCCCCCGGAGCAUUUCAGGCGGCCGCCCCCGGAGCAUUUCAGACGGCCACCUCAGGAACAUUUCAGGCGGCCAUCCCAGGAGCAUUUCAGGCGCCCCCGAGAGGAAGAUUUUAGGCACCCAAUGGAUGAAGAUUUCAGGGGCCCUCCAGAUGAAGACUUUAGGCACCCUCCUGAUGAGGACUUCAGGAGUCCCCAGGAGGAAGAUUUUAGAAGCCCUUCUGAUGAGGACUUCAGGCGGCUCCCGGAGGAAGACCUCAGGGAAGCUCCAGAGGAGGACCCUAGACUUACUGACAGUUUUAGACUUACUGGUGAGGAGUUUAGGAGCCCCCCUGAUGAUUUUAGAAGUCAUCGCCCUUUUGUGAAUUUUGGUCGCCCAGAAGGUGGCAAGUUUGAUUUUGGAAAGCGUAAUAUGGGAAGUUUUCCUGAGGGGAGAUUUAUGCCUGAUCCAAAAUUAAAUUGUAAUUCAGGUAGAGUAACACCCAUUAAAAUAAUGAAUCUUCCAUUUAAAGCUAAUGUUAAUGAAAUUCUCGACUUUUUCCAUGGUUACAGAAUCAUACCUGAUUCAGUUUCAAUACAGUAUAACGAGCAAGGAUUACCUACCGGGGAAGCCAUUGUUGCCAUGAUAAACUACAAUGAAGCUAUGGCUGCUAUUAAAGAUCUGAAUGAUAGGCCAGUUGGCCCCCGCAAAGUUAAGUUAAUUUUGCUCUAGAGAGCAUUUCUAAAUUCAGAAUUACCUCCCCACAGUAUUGACGCAGUAAAAUGCAUUUUUUUAAUGUUUAUUUUUAACUAAUGAAAAGAAACAUUUUAAUUUUGACCUGUGACUAGAACAAAUGUAAAUAGUAGAAUGUGAAUCUGGUUUUCUUUUGCUUGCAAAUUGCCAUUCACUUUUUCUAACUUAAAAAUAUAUAUGCCUU